AUGACUUUGUUUGCUGCUUCUGCGACUGAGCUGGUCCGGUGUCCACCUGCACUUGACCACAGGUUGCACAAUGCUGCCGUGACAGUCUACCAACAGCCUUUGUUACGCAUAGCCUCACCUGAUUCGCAUCACUUCGGGGCUCCAACAACAUGCUCUACGGACCAGCUGAGCGAAACAAACUGUGUGCCUUGCCCUGAGAGGCUAACGACGCUUCCGGUUGAGAUAGUCGACCGCAUACUAGCGGACCUCAUCCACCCACAUUGUCGUCUACCAGGCCUUACUGAAACUCAGAGCCAAUACGGCUUCACCGAAAAGCAAAAACGUAGCGUCAAGGAUAAAGAGGAUCUCACUCAGCCUGCAGAUACUGAUCGCUGA